UGUUGAUAAAAUCAUUGUUCUAUGUCCACAGAAGCUCCCCUGAAAUUUUCAGCAAAUUUGGUUCAGGUUUCGUCACAGCUCUUGAGCAUUUAAGUUUGGCUGGAAAUUCUAAUGUUUUACUAUGGGGGAAAACCCCAUUUGAUAUUUUAUUUUCGGUAAAAUCAGCCAUCCAACCAAAAAAAGUAAUUCCUGAGAUUCAUACAGUUUAUGGUAUGGAGAGCAUUUUUCUAGUACAUCACAAGUUGAUCCAAACAAAUCUGGCUUAAUUAAUAAUGGAUUAAGCUAAAGUGUCGUAACUGUAUUUUGCAAAGGGCCAACUCAGACAUUUUGUUUUUAAUUUUCAUGUAGGCGCUCACUAUGAUUGAUUGAGGUGUGUUUGACAAGACUGAAAAUUGUUGAAAAGUCGUCACCGUUCUGUUGGUCUUCAUCCCGGCAAACUUGGUCGCUGGUCCGUUCCUGUUGUCUUGCUGUCCCCGCGUAGAGUAGAGAGAAGCAGCCUGGUCGCUGACGCUCGUCCGUGCACUUGCCGUCGCCGCGAGGUGUUUGAAGUAGAAGCCUGGUCGCUUGACGCUGGAUUCCGGUCGUUUGAAGGAGAAGCCUGGUCGCUGGACGCCGUUCGCUCCGUUCCUGCUGUCCCCGCGUAGAGUAGAGAGAAGUAGCCUGGUCGCUGACGCUCGUCCGUGAACUUGCCGUCGCCGCGAGGUGUUUGAAGUAGAAGCCUGGUCGCUGGACGCCGUUCGCUCUGUUCCUGCUGUCCCCGCGUAGAGUAGAGAGAAGCAGCCUGGUCGCUGACGCUCGUCCGUGAACUUGCCGUCGCCGCGAGGUGUUUGAAGUAGAAGCCUGGUCGCUUGACGCUGGAUUCCGGUCGUUUGAAGGAGAAGCCUGGUCGCUGGACGCCGUUCGCUCUGUUCCUGCUGUCUUGCUGUCCCCGCGUAGAGUAUAGAGAAGCAGCCUGGUCGCUAACAAGCCUUUAUUGCGUACGUGCAUUAACUAUCAAGCAGUACGCUCAAGUACCAACAAUCAAGAAGUGAUGGUUCGCACACGUGAGGAGUCAUCUUUUUUUUUGAUUGGAAUUGGAAACCCUGAUUCUCUAACGAAACUUCCAAAACUUCCUACUGUUCGGGAAACAUUGGCGCGGUGCAUGUACCUUGUACAAGAACAACGCAAGGUUGACCAGGCCUGCAGGUCGACGACCGCCGAGCUUCUGGAUACAUGGGAACGGGUGCACAUACCGCUACAACUAAAACAGAACGUUGUUGUAGUGAUCCGGAAGCUGUACGAUGACUGGGUCAAGAUCAAGAAAAACAAGCAAAAAGAAUUAGACCGCAAAAAGAAAUUUUUGGCGAAACUGGACACUCUGCUGGAUAUUUCCAGUCGAAAAGCAGAGACUACGGAUGAUCGUGCCAUGGAGUUUCUGGAGGACCAGAGGGGUAGACGACAAUUUGGCUUAGCAGUGAUGGACGGCUCAGCAUCGAAGCGGAAGUCAGUUGUGAUUGAACCGGAAGCAGAAACAAGCGUUGAACCCACAGGUAGUAAUAAUAUAAUAACAUUUGCAGAACAUAAAAAAAACUAUACAAAUCUAGGCGACACUUCAAGCACAGAUCCAGACUACGUACCCGAGCCAAAGCGGGUGAAAAUUGAUCAUCACAUCAAGAGCAGCGAAGCAAAGCCAAACGUCCUGACGGAAGACGUUCUAAGUGCUCUGGACAGGAACAAGGUGUCUGACCGUCAGGCGUUCAAGAUCAUCAUGCCUGUGGUAGCUGCUCUUGACGUAGAUGGAUCAACGAUGGCACUGUCUCGCAGCACGAUAACGCGAAGACGGCAAGAGGCUCGUAAAGAGAUCGCGGUUAGAGCCAAAGCAGAGUUCGAUCCUCAAGGGCCCUUGGUCGUUCACUGGGACGGGACGAAGUUGGAGAACGUCGGAAACUCCGCUCAUUCCGAAAGGUUGCCAGUUCUGGUGUCAUGGAGCGACGGAGAAAAGUUGCUUGGAGCUCCUGCUGUUUCCCAUCCAACAGGUUACAUUGAAUGGCACAUUAAUAACCUAAAACUAAUUAUAUUUUAUGAUUAGGCGACCAAGAAUCUCAUGUGGUUUACGACUGUUUGGAAGAAUGGGAUUGCUUAUCGAAGGUUUGCGCAAUGUCCUUCGACACAACGAGCGUCAACACGGGGAAGUUCAAAGGCAAAUUUACAUCUUUUCUGUCAGCUAAUUCUUUGUAAUAAGGCUUUCAUCAACUUUUUAGGAGCUUGCGUCAAGCUAGAGCAGUUAAUGGGCAGAGAGCUUAUGUGGUUAGCAUGCCGUCACCACACGCACGAGCUGAUUUUGGCCAAAGCCUUCUCCGUGUGUUUCGGGCCGUCGACGUCUCCCGAAAUACCGCUUUUUAAGCGGUUCCGGGACAAGUGGGAGGACAUCCCGAAGGAAAGGGUAGCGCCGCUGGUAGUCACCAAGAAGUGGUGUUCCCUCAAGGACACGGUGAUCAGCUACCUGAAAAGCGCAAAUACCUUUCCUAGGGAUGACUACAAGGAGCUGCUUGAGCUGACAUUGGUUGUGUUGGGGGAAACACCUGAAAAAUUUACUUUCAAAAAACCCGGGCCGAUCCAUCAUGCCAGAUGGAUGGCAAAAAUGCUGUACGCCAUCAAGAUCUACCUGCUGCGGGAACAAGGGUGCUUAUUCGAACUGACGCGUGAGGAGGUUAAACAACUGAAAAGGUUCGUGAGGUUUGGUACAUUGUUGUACGUCAAACCGUGGCUGCAAGCUCCACUCGGCGUUGACGCCGCGACGAACGACUUGAAUCUUUGGAACAGCAUCAACGAUUUUCGAAAAACCGAUCCGGAAAUAGCAUGUGCUACCUUAGCCGUACUUGAGCGCCACCUCUGGUACCUUUCAGACGAGCUCGUUGGCUUUUCUCUGUUCUCAGAAAAGGUAUCAGCAGAAGAAAAGCAACGGGUGGUGCAGGCAAUGAAAACUAUUCCCGCGGGUGAACGGUCUGUGCUCGGCGAUCCGGAGCUUUUGAAAACUGGCCGGGCAUCGCUAGCUGAUUUUUCGACGAUGCGAACGGCAUCAAUUUUUGCUAAAUUAUCCAUCGAUGAUUCAUUUACGGAGCGUCCACCAACCGAGUGGGCAGAAAUUGAAGGUUUCAAGGCAGGAUUACGAGUGGUGCAGAACCUGAAGGUCGUGAACGACAUUGCGGAGCGGGGCGUAAAAUUGUGCGAAGAAUAUAACAAAGUGUUCACUAAGAACGAAGCCGAAAACCAACGAGUUCUACAAGUUGUCGAGCUCAACAGAAAGGCCGUCAAAACAGAUUGUACCAAGGCGGAGUUGCUGCAAAAAUUUAAUUGAUUUGUUCACCUGUUCAUUUGUUUAUUGAUUGUUUGUCGUUACUGUUAUUGAUUGUUUCACGAUACUGUUGAUAAAAAUAUUGAUGUUUCAACCGAAUAAACAGCGAUUUAAAAGAAACAAAAACUAUAAAAGAAAGAAAAACUUGACACACUAUCUGUGGGAGAUAUUAUAUGGCAAAAGCAAAUGUGUUCAGUACCAAUUUCUCAAAGUUUCUUAAAGCGAGUUUAGCAUUCUAUAUAUAUUUUUUUUAAAUUUGCACUUCUAAGCAUUUUUUAAAAAGAGAGGUUAUUCCUUAAUAGCUUUUGUUUGUAGGACUUAAACUAUAAUUUCUUGUCAUUAUUACACACAAUAUCGACCGAGCCACGUAGACCAGAGAUAACGCAUCCGCCUCGUAAGCGGUAGAUCGGGGAUCAGAUCCCGGCUCGGACCAACACAACUGGUGAUCUUUUC